GAAAAUUACUGGCAACUUAUUAUUCAGACAAACAAAAAAGCGAACACAUCGUCGUUUCCUCUUUAUCGCCAUCUACACUCUGCAGAUCCAUCUCUCUUCACAACAACCCCCAAAUUCAAACUUCAAACUAAAACCCCCUCCAUUAUAAACAAACACACAAAUUCCCACUAAUUUAUACUAUAUUUGCAAUUCUCUCAACUCUUUUUAAUUUGCAUACAUUGCCAAACAAAGCCCAAUGGGUGCUUGCACUUCCAAACCCUCAAAUUAUCCCGGAGAUAACAUUAACAGUUCUCCAGUUCCAGUUAAAUCCACACCAAACAACAAUGAGGUCGACAGUACACAUCAACAGCAAGAAAGGACAAAAAAGUCACCUUUUUUCCCUUUCUACAGUCCAAGUCCAGCACAUUAUUUAUUCUCAAAGAAAUCAUCUCCGGCGAAUUCCAGCUCUACUCCCCUGAGAUUCUUUAAACGGCCCUUUCCACCGCCGUCUCCGGCGAAACACAUCCGUUCUUUGUUGGCACGGAGACACGGCACCGUUAAACCUAACGAGUCUGCAAUACCCGAAAAUGAACCCGAUGGAGUCGGGUCGGGUCUGGAUAAGAGUUUUGGGUUUUCCAAGAAUUUUGGGAAUAAGUAUGAGAUGGGAGAGGAAGUUGGAAGAGGGCAUUUUGGGUAUACUUGUAAAGCUAAGUUCAAGAAAGGUGAAGUUAAAGGACAAGAGGUUGCUGUUAAAGUCAUUCCCAAAUCAAAGAUGACUACUCCAAUAGCCAUUGAGGAUGUGAGAAGGGAGGUGAAGAUAUUAAAAGCUUUGACGGGACAUAACCAUUUAGUAAAAUUUUAUGAUUCAUAUGAAGACCACACCAAUGUCUACAUAGUCAUGGAGUUGUGCGAAGGAGGUGAGCUUUUGGAUAGAAUACUCUCGAGAGGGGGAAAGUACACAGAAGAUGAUGCAAAGGAUGUAAUGAUACAAAUACUGAAAGUUGUUGCAUUUUGCCACCUUCAAGGUGUGGUGCACCGGGAUCUUAAGCCGGAGAACUUCUUAUUCACGUCUAAGGAUGAAAGUGCACAACUUAAAGCGAUAGACUUUGGAUUGUCUGAUUUUGUGAAGCCAGAUGAAAGACUUAAUGAUAUUGUUGGUAGUGCAUAUUAUGUCGCGCCCGAGGUUCUACAUAGAUCUUACAGUACAGAGGCUGAUGUUUGGAGUAUAGGUGUCAUAGCAUAUAUCCUAUUGUGUGGAAGCCGUCCUUUUUGGGCUCGAACAGAAUCUGGGAUAUUUAGGUCUGUCCUCAAAGCUGAUCCAAGUUUUGAAGAACAGCCUUGGCCUACAUUAUCUUCUGAGGCAAAAGACUUUGUGAAACGUCUGUUGAAUAAAGAUCCCCGGAAAAGAAUGACUGCAGCUCAGGCUUUGGGUCAUCCAUGGAUAAAGAAUAGCCAUAACAUAGAGGUGCCUUUGGAUAUUUUGAUAUUCAAACUUAUGAAGGCUUACAUGAGGUCCUCUGCUCUUAGGAAAGCUGCACUACGGGCUUUGUCAAAGACGUUGACGGUAGAUGAGCUAUUCUAUUUGAAGGAGCAGUUUGCACUGCUGGAACCAAGCAAAAAUGGCACCAUAAGCUUCGACAACGUCAAAACGGCCCUGAUGAAACAUGCAACAGAGGCAAUGAAGGAAGCUCGCAUCCAUGAUUUUCUUGCAUCGCUUAAUGCGCUGCAGUAUAGGAGGAUGGAUUUUGAGGAAUUCUGUGCUGCUGCAUUAAGCGUUCAUCAACUUGAGGCUCUUGAACGGUGGGAACAACAUGCACGUUGUGCCUAUGAAAUUUUUGAGAAGGAAGGCAAUAGGGCCAUCAUGAUAGAGGAAUUAGCUUCGGAACUUGGUCUUAGCCCUUCGGUUCCAGUCCAUGCUGUUCUACAUGACUGGCUCAGGCACACUGACGGAAAGCUCAGUUUUCUUGGUUUUGCAAAGUUGUUGCAUGGAGUUUCAAGCCGCUCAAUUACAAAAGUUCAAUGAUUCAAGCCGCUGAGUCACAAAACUUCAAUGAUUCUUUUGGUGCAUCCACGUUCUUGUUCUGAACGCAUUGUUGGCAAACAAAUGAGCUAGCGGUGAAGAAAUGAUGAAGAUCAACUUAUGUCCCUCGCGCUGGAGCUCCAUAGAUCUCACUGUUUCUCAGGAACAGUACGAGGUUCCGGGGAACGAUUUUCCAGGAGAGGAUGAGACGUUUGGCCGUGUGUUGUGAGAGCAGUGGCAUCCUGCAUAUAGAGUUCUUACUGUAAAGGUGUAGUUAGUUUAUGUUUGAUUGCAGGUGAGAGUGCUUCUCAGCUGGUUUUUGGUCGCACACUAGAUGUUUUAACCUGUUGGACAUGCGCUGAUGUCUACUAUUGCCUUGUAUAAUGUUGUCUACAUGCCUUUCUAGUUUAGAAGUUCCACCA